AACGUCAAGCCACUUCCUCUUUUGUCUGAUUUCAUGGCGAUCGGGAGAGAGGGAACACCACCGACGCACGCACACUAUCUCAGCACUCUUCAAAGAGUUUCUCCGGGUGUAAACUAAGUUGUCAAUCUGACUGGCGAAACAAACACAGUUACCCAGGGGGAACUAAGCGGACAUCAGUGAAGGGCUCUAAAGCACUUGGAUCAGUUCUUCUCUGUCCCAGGUUCAGACUUCUUGGUCUAUGGCUCUGAUGGACAAACACAAACAGGUUAAGCGGCAGAGACUUGACCGCAUCUGUGAAGGUAUCCGACCCCCCAUCCUGAACGGGCCAAUGCACCCGCGGCCUCUGGUGGCCUUGCUGGACGGGCGCGACUGCACUGUGGAAAUGCCCAUCCUCAAAGAUGUGGCCACAGUGGCCUUCUGCGAUGCCCAGUCCACACAAGAGAUUCACGAGAAGGUGCUAAACGAGGCCGUGGCGGCUCUGCUCUACCACACCAUCACUCUGUCCAGAGAUGACCUGGAAAAAUUCAAAGGCUUACGUGUUGUCAGGAUUGGCUCCGGCUUCGACAACGUUGACAUCAAAGCAGCUGCUGAGCUUGGAAUCGCCGUCUGUAAUGUACCAGCAUCCUCGGUGGAAGAGACUGCCGACACUUCGCUAUGUCUGAUCCUUAACCUGUACAGGCGAGUCACCUGGAUGCACCAAGCACUCAGGGAGGGAACCCGGGCCUCCAGUGUGGAGCAGAUUCGGGAGGUGGCUGGUGGUGCUGCUCGUAUCCGAGGCGAGACUCUGGGCAUUAUUGGACUAGGGCGUGUAGGUCAAGCGGUGGCUCUUCGGGCCAAGGCAUUUGGCUUUGGAGUGAUUUUCUACGACCCCUACCUGCCUGACGGCGUGGAGCGCUCACUGGGCCUUCAGCGAAUGGCCACACUGCAGGACCUCCUCAUCCACUCGGACUGUGUAUCACUGCACUGCAGCCUCAACGAGCACAACCACCACCUCAUUAACGACUUCACCAUCAAACAGAUGCGUCAGGGAGCCUUCCUGGUGAACACAUCAAGAGGCGGUCUGGUUGAUGAGAAAGCACUGGCUCAGGCCCUGAAAGAAGGACGGAUACGAGGGGCUGCCCUGGAUGUCCACGAGACAGAACCUUUCAGUUUUUCAACAGGCCCACUGAAGGAUGCCCCAAACCUGAUCUGUACCCCUCACACAUCCUGGUACAGUGAGCAGGCCUCUGUGGAGGCUCGAGAGGAGGCAGCCAGAGAGGUUCGCCGCGCCAUCACCGGGCGCAUCCCUGACAGUCUGAAGAACUGCGUCAAUAAGGAGUAUCUGAUGGCAGCCUCUCAGUGGCCCAGCAUGGAAGCUGCCACUGUUCACCCAGAGCUUAACGGAGCCACUUACAGAUUUCCUCCAGGUCUGAUCAAUGUUGCAGCAGCAGGGGGUCUCUCUGGAGCUGCUGCAGGGGUCGAGGGCCUGGUAGCAGCCAACCUGGCACAUGGCAUCGCCCCUGUUUCCCACCCUCCUCACGCCCCAUCUCCGGUGCAAUCUGCUAAGGCUGAGGCUGACAGAGACAUCCCCUCUGACCAAUAGCCCCCUCCGCCGCCGCCAGCACAUUCCGUCACCAUUGGAAACCAACCCCUCCCCUCCCGAAAACCCCACCUCUCAGCAUCAGACACAGUCCGACCCCUCCAGUGCAUCGGCAGCACUAUUUUGACCUGAUGUGGAUACACAGUCAUGUUCCUCAGAUCACAUAACCAGCCCAGGAGUGACUUAUCCACAGCCAGCCCCCCUCAUCCCCACCUCAGAGAACUCACACAUCCCCCUAUCUUUGUCCCCAUCUCACCCUCCACCCCUUUCCUCCUCCUUCACUCCCCACGACGUCAGCAAUAACUGUUCUCAAGGAUUCAAUGAUUGGAUUAGUUUUUAUCCUUAGUUGGCUGUUUUAAUGGAAAGUUGAUCUGUUAUGGUUCUAGGUGUUAAUGUUUGUUGAAAAAAAUAGCAUUUCUGACAUGAGGCUUCAGUCUGCUGCCACCUGCAGGCUGAAAGGUUGAAGCCCCCCUUUGUACAUUAAUGGCUCAUGUUACUGCUCUUCUUAUUAUUAUUAUUUUCUUUACUUUUUCUCCCCCUUCCAUAUUUCUGGUGAAGGGGUUAAAUGUGUACCAGACAGAAUCACAAACAGUACAUCCUGUCCUCCUCACUGGGCAUCUAGUGAUCCUGCUCAGUUUAGCCCUUAGGCUCUCCAUGUUACUGUUGUCAGCUUGCUCAAGCAAGGAUCUGUGAUACUGUCAGAGUGGAGCUCUCUCAGGCUGCCAUAGUAUUUCUGUCCAGCUCAUACUUCAGAAAGUACCCAAGAUCCUACGUCACUUUUUAUUGCUACGACGGUCCAGUUUUCAGAAAUUCAGCCUUGUGUUCACACGUGUUCUGCCCCUUGUUUUUUUGUCCCUAGAUAACACCUCUGAGUGUCUUAUCAGGGGCUGCUAGGCAUAAAUUUCCAACUCACACCAGAAGCUUGAGUGCUGUCUGUGUAAGGUCGUUGCACAUGGUGUCAGAAAGCAGCAACAAGCAGGAUGUGUCUCUCCAGCAGAGGGCGCUGUCUCACUAGUCAGAGCUGCGUGUGACUCAUUUGAGGGACAGUUGCAGGUUUGCUCGAACAACACACUGCCAACACACAGAACACAGUAUGGAUGACCAGGGAUCGGCUACCGCCUUAUUGUUUGAAAAGAUCUCACUGCACCCCACCUCUCCACACCUCCUCUCACAUCCCUCCCACCCUCAUGGAUCACCCCACGCAUCAGCCCAUGAACCAGUUUGCAUCCACGACUUCCUUUAAGCGUGAGGGGACGGCAGAGUUGAGAUUCCCUGUUGGAGCAAUGAGACAGUGUUCUUGCAUGCUGGCUUUGUUGAUGACAGUGGUGUGUGUGUAUGGGUCUGUUUGUUUGUGUGUGUGUGUGUGUGUGUGUGUGUGUGUGCGCGUGUGUGUGUAUGUCCCCUCACCCUGUUAUAAUAACAAGCUGUUGUCUUUCCAAAGGAAUAGUCCCUAGGAGUAACUCUUUAACGCUGUUGCCCUGUUGGUGUCAAGGGAACACCUUUCUAGUACCUCAGUAACAGAUAUUGAAUGUACCGUGCAUACCCUUUUAUUUUUUGUACAGAUUUUCUAGAUACUUCUUUACUAUUCUUUUCCAGAAGGGUUGUGAAAUUGUAGCAGUAAUGAUACAAUAAAAAACAUUGCCCCAUGAAAUAAAUUAAAAAUCUUUUUAGGUUCACUAUAGGUCACUGAAUACUCAGGCUUCAAAACCAAUGUGUUUCUCUUUUGCCUUUACUUCCUCGUUGUGGAAAAUUCAGCACAGUGCUUUCCAAUUCUUAGACUUCAAACUCCAGUUGAUGUGCUAUAAACUCUGUCUUAUCGACUAAAGAAAAAUAAGGAAAAAACAAAAAGGCGGUCGCCGUGAUCUGCUAGUUUUCUUUUACUAGAUUAUUUAGUAGUAGAUACUGUUUUGUUUUGUUUAAACCCCCUCUUCAUUGUCUGGCUGCUCUAUCUAUAGUGCAUGUGAGGUAAUUUUUUUAGGGGAAAUACUAUUGGCUUAAAGAAUUUGUGUCAUCUUGCUGUUUCCCUCUGCUCCCUGCUCUUCCCCUCCUCUCAGAGUGUUUUCAACCGAGUUGCCAUUUUUGUCGUGGUCAGUUUCCAGUGAUGUACAGUUUUCCCCUCAGAGUCUAUGAGAGACAUGGAGCAUGUCUGUGUCAUGAGAUGCUAGGCUCCUCUGUCCUGUGAUGAGUAUAUAUUUUUAAAAAUAACCCCCAUAGUUCGGAUUAUGAGCAUAAUAGUAAUCUUAAAUUUUUGCUGUUGAUGAUGAUGAUAUAUAUAUAUUUUUUCAGUUCAGCAGUGCACUGUUAUGAAAACCAUUUUGUUUUCUUGUAGGAUUUCAUUUUUAUGGAUGCUGUCUGUGUUCUACAUGUUGUACUGAAACAUUUCAGAGAAAACAAGAGGUCCCUCUCCUGGUGAUGUACCCUUUUUUUUUUUGUCUUACCCCAACUGUCUUUUCCAGCUGAUACCCUCUGGGCCUUACUCCUCCCCCCCUGUAAAAGUAGCUGUUAUAGAAAGUCGCCAUGGAACCACUCACUGCCUUAAUACAGUUGACCACAGCAGGUGAAGUCAGGAGACACACCCAGUCGAAAAGAACGGGCCACAUCAAGGCCGCACCGCAAAAAGCUCCUCACACCCUGACAGGCCUAAAUCUGCAGCACUUGGGUAUUUACUUUUCUGUGAUGAACCACAUCUAGCCUUGUGUAGACAGCUCUUUCAUGGCCUCAACAAUACAUCUGGUGUGAUUUUUUGCUUUGGUUACAUAUUUUCGUUUCCUAGUUUUGAUAUUAAAGUCUGCUCGGCAGUGUGUUCGUGCUUGGGCUAACAGAUAAGCACAGUGUGUAUGCUCACAGAGCUACAGCUCAUAUUUCACUCUUGGGUGUGAGAAUGCCCCCAACCCAUUAAACCACCACCGACACCCUGGGGCUCUAUUAGCAGCUUUCACUGAGCAGAGUCCCUGAGGAGAUGGAGGGUGGGGAGGGGGCUAAGCGGACACUGGUGUGGUCUGUCAAAAUAAAAGUAGAAAAUUAAGAAUUGGUCACUUCUCUCUCUCUCUCAGGGUUCAAAUGCACACAUAUCCUCCAGCAGUCGCCCUCUGUCUCGUGUCCCCUGUCCCAAGUUUUCCGCCCUUGGAACGCAGAACAGCCUCCUGCGUUUUUUAGAAACAGUUUCCCCUCGUUCCUCCCUCUUAUUGUGCACAGGUCUGAACUUUUUUUUUUCUGUUUUGCUUUCUUUUGGCACUGACAUCUAACCAUCUAACAAGGAAUGAAUGAAUGUUUGAAAGUGACUGUGUGUGAUGUUAAAAUUGGGAAAUGUAUUUUUACAACAUGUGAACGUAUUUUUUUUCCACUCACUCUCAUUGUGAAUUGAUUUUGUUUUCUUUCACCAGACUGCAAAAACAAACAAAAAAUACAAAAAAAUCUCCUGUAACUAGGCUCUUAAGCUUUAUUUUGUUUUGUUUACUUUUUAUUAGAAACAAUCAUGUUUGUGAUGGUAACUUCCGAUGGUAAACUCCACACCGUAUUUUAAUAAAAUCUUAAAAAUAAA